AUGCCUUCUGAAAAAGUGAUCGAUGGUUAUGGUAUUUACUCGCUGUGGCUAGUGUUUGCAUACUUUGGUAUCAACGGAUACUUGACAUUUAGUAUCGAAGAAAACGCGAUUCGACCGGUGAACUAUUAUAAGAGAAAUGUAAGAGUGGCUAUAAUUGGGACAAUUAUCUAUUUAAUUAGUCACUUUAUUAUUUUGUACUCACUCGAUCCGGAUGGAUGGACCCACUAUACCAUAUUCUGUCUACUCAAUGUGUUUUAUCUAUUAUUUUAUGUCCGAUACACGUGGAAAGUUAAGGAUAUUAGUGGAUUCAAUUUGAGAUAUGGAUAUGGUAUUGGACUAGCUGUUAUCGGGAUGAUAAGUUAUGCGCUUUAUUGUUAUCAGAAUUUCAAAACUAUUCACGCACUCCAAUUCUACACAUUGCUUCAUUGUAUCUACGAUUUCUGUCUCACUUUCAAAUAUUUCUGUGUCGAAUUACCGGAUCCUGAAGAGACUUUAUUGCAACGGAUUAAGACUGAAUGA